AUGUCUUUUCUCUUCAGGCAAAGUCAGAGACCCGAAGACGAGAAGAUGGACAUGGACCGUCGAAUUCGUGCGCCCGAGGAAGCUGUAUCUAGGAUUGCGUAUCUUUCAAGCGAUGUCAUUGUGUCAGUCCAGCCCUCUCUGUCCGCAGACUCGGGCUUCUCUUCUCAUUUGAAGAGAUACGUCAACCAAAAAAAGCAAGGCUUGGUUGCUGCUUCAGAUGAUGCCGUACCAGAGGUUCAAUCGAUUCGGCACAAUUCUGAUCCUCUUCUCGCCGUCUACAAACCUGUCCGCGAUGGCAAAUUUGUAUCAGUCACCGCAUCAUCCACCAUCCUCCUACCCGCCAUCUCCCACCUAUACAAGCUGGUCAACUAUCCCGUUGUACUUCAUAUAGCGUUGGAGUCCCGUCCAUCUGCCGAUUACUCACAAAUUACCUCCAUUCGGAAUUCUGGGUGGACUUUUCUACAAUCCGAAACUUUACAGGAGGCUCAAGACAUGGCUCUCACCGCCCAUGCUCUCGCUAUCCGCAUCGGCAAGGGCGUCAUUCACUUCUUUGCGCCAGAAACCUCCGAGAGUGAAAUGCCAAUCCCUGUCGAGGAUGCAGUUACAGUGAGGGAAGUCCUAGACAUAGAAAGUGUUCGUCGAUUUCAAGCUAGUUCCAUCCCAGCCGUGGGCAUAUACGCCGAUGAUGGACACGUCCCUGUGUCUUCAGACCAUCCAGAGACCUCCUUGACAAGGAAUGGUGCCAAAACUGCUGCUCUUCAGCCACCUCCGAGUGCCGGUGCUUCCAAGACUACUUCGGUUGACUCUUCAAUCAAGUCCAGCGAAGCGUCGACCCCAGCUGCUCCCUCUUCAGUUGCCACUACCGUUGAGUUUGCUCCUCCGCGGGUGACCUCCGACGACAUUUACACAUGCUUGACUCGAGUAUGGUCCCAUAUCAAGGCUGCAACAGGGAGAGGAUAUUCUGCCUUUGAAUAUACGGGCCCGGCGCAAGCCGAGGACUGCCUGCUGGUUUUCGGAUCCAAUACUGGCAACCUUGCCCAGGCCGUUGAUAAUGCCACUUCCGAUGACGUCUCUGAUAUUGGAAUUCUUACGCCUCGUUUGUAUCGCCCUUGGAUAGGUUCGAAGCUCGUUGAGGCGAUUCCGAAAUCAGUCAAAAGGAUUGCUGUCCUGGAGCAGAUCCACAGAGCCACCACGAAGUGGGGGCCUCUCCUUAUCGACGUCCUCUCCUCCGUACAUCGGGGUGCUGGCGGUGUUGAGACGAUUGUUGGAUACCAGCUUGGUCAUAUAACAUCUGACACCGCAAUGCAGGCUCUUCGGGGAAUCGUUCAGAACCUCAGGUCUAAAAACCCCGUACAGAACCUCGAGGUGGGCAGCAAGCCGGCACAAGAACAGUCCGUAGCAUACAAUGUGCGCACUCCACAGCUCGAGACUGCGUAUUCGAAGAUCCUAGAUCAGAUUUUCGGCAAGAGAGCUUAUAUUGCCAAUGCUUUGGACUCCAACCAUGCGGGUGUUCCGUUGUCCGUAUCCUCGAGUCCCGAAUUCGGAUUCGGGUCACUCAUAGCCCGAAUCGAGUAUAGGACCAAGUUUAUCACCGAGGUCAAGGAUGCGGCGAGCAGUGGAUCCUUCCAAUCAGACGAGCCCAAAAGCUGGCUGACCCGAUGGGUUUUGCAAGCCGAGUCUUCGGAAAAUAACGCCGAGUUUGCAGACGAAAUCCUGUCCAGUUUAGAGGCGGACGGUUCUGCACUUGCCCAGAAGCUUCUCACCAAAGGAGGACUUUUCCGAAAAGAGUCUCUGUGGCUGAUUGGUUCCGACGCUUGGGCUUUCGAUCUCGGUAACUCAGGAGUACAUCAUGUCCUUGCCUCGGGAAAGAACGUCAACAUGCUCGUCAUUGAUUCGACGCCUUAUUCCGCAAAGGCCGCCGCUGAUUCGACUAGAAGGAAGAAAGACAUCGGGCUCUAUGCCAUGAACUUUGGAAAUGUAUACGUAGCUUCUACGGCGGUAUAUAGCUCGUACACGCAAGUUUUGCAGGCACUGCUCGAGGCUGACAAGUUUAACGGUCCUUCAGUCGUUCUGGCUUACUUGCCCUACUUUGGAGAAACGGACUCGCCCCUCACAGUGCUUCAAGAAACAAAGAAAGCGGUUGAUGCAGGGUAUUGGCCACUGUAUCGGUGGAAUCCCGAGAACGAGCUUCGUGGCGAGCCCAGCUUCUCCCUAGAUUCAGAGCUGGCCAAACAAGAGUUAAAGGCCUUUCUCGCCAGGGACAACCAGCUCACCCAACUUAUGAAGAAGGAACCGAAACUUGCAGCAAACCUGGCCCAGGAUUUUGGAACCGAGGUGCGAGCUCAGCAAAAGAGGAAGGCAAAGGAUGCGUAUAAGCGGUUGUUGGAAGGCCUUCUUGGCGCACCUUUGACUGUACUUUUCGCGUCUGACAAUGGCAAUGCAGCGUCUGUUGCCAAACGCCUUGCCAACAGAGGACGUGCGCGUGGCUUGAAAACAUCUGUCAUGCCCAUGGAGGAUUAUCCCCUCGAAGAUCUGCCUCAAGAAGAGAAUAUUGUUUUCAUCACAUCUACCGCUGGACAAGGCGAAUUUCCUCAAAAUGGCUUACCUUUCUGGGAGGCCAUCAGAGGCAAAACUGAUUUGGACCUCGCAACGACAAACUUUUCUGUGUUUGGUCUUGGAGACAGUCAUUACUGGCCUCGAAAAGAGGACCGAAUAUACUACAACAAACCCGCCAAGGAUCUUGACCGAGUUUUGUCUAAUCUUGGGGGCAAACGCUUCGUGGAUAUUGGACUGGGUGAUGAUCAAGAUCCCGACGGCUACCAGACUGGCUAUCAAGAAUGGGAGCCCAAGAUCUGGCGGGCAUUAGGAGUAGACAAGAUUGACGGUAUUCCGGAAGAGCCAGCGCCAAUUACUAAUGAAGACAUCAAGAUUGCUUCGAAUUAUCUGCGAGGCACCAUCUUGGAGGGGCUUCAGGAUACGUCUACCGGCGCGAUUUCCGCUUCAGAUCAGCAGCUCACCAAGUUCCACGGCACGUACAUGCAGGAUGAUAGAGACGUUCGCGACGAACGAAAGGCUCAGGGUCUCGAACCCGCAUAUUCUUUCAUGAUUCGGUGUAGGCUCCCUGGAGGAGUCGCAACGCCGAAGCAAUGGGUUCAAAUGGAUGACAUCAGCAGCACACUGGGCAAUGAAUCCAUGAAACUGACUACAAGACAAACCUUCCAAUUCCAUGGAGUCGUCAAGGGCAAGCUGAAACCCGCGAUGCAGGCCAUCAAUCGAGCAUUAAUGACCACAAUUGCUGCAUGUGGCGAUGUCAACCGAAACGUCAUGUGCAGUUCGCUUCCAACCCAAUCCAAGUAUCACGAGCAGGUGCAUAGCUGCUCUCAGAGAAUUAGCGAUCAUCUCCUUCCUUCCACGACUGCCUAUCACGAAAUCUGGCUCACAGAUGAUAACGACAAGAAGGUGCAGGUUGCUGGUGACGCUGUGCAGGACUUUGAGCCUCUCUACGGACCUACUUACCUGCCAAGAAAGUUCAAAAUUACCAUCGCCAUCCCUCCCCACAACGACACUGAUGUGUAUGCUCAUGACAUUGGCCUGAUUGCUAUAAAGGGAAGCGAUGGAAACCUCGAAGGGUUCAACGUUCUCGCCGGCGGUGGUAUGGGAGCCACACAUAACAACAAGAAGACGUAUCCGCAGACAGGUCGCAUGAUGGGAUUUUGCAAGGCAGAUGAAGUGCACAUUGCUUGCGAGAAGAUUAUGCUGGUUCAGAGGGACCAUGGCGACCGCAAGAACCGCAAGCAUGCCCGGCUUAAAUACACCAUUGACGACAUGGGCGUCGACGCCUUCCGCCGCAAAGUCGAGGAGCUCUGGGGCAAGGCUUUUGACAAGGACCGUCCUUUUGAGUUCAAGAGCAAUAUUGACACCUUUGGCUGGCAAAAAGACGAGACCGGGCUCAACCACUUCACCUUCUUCAUUGAAAACGGCCGCGUCGAGGAUACGCCAGAGUUCCGGAUGAAGACGGGAUUGCGCGAGAUUGCGCAGAUCCACAAGGGCGAGUUCCGCUUGACCGGAAACCAGCACCUCAUCCUCAGCAGCGUCAAGGACGAGGAUGUGCCAGCCAUAAAGGCGCUUAUGAAAAAGUACAAGCUGGAUAAUAUCCAGUUCUCUGGUCUGCGCCUCAGCUCCUCGGCCUGCGUCGCUUUCCCCACCUGUGGUCUCGCCAUGGCCGAGUCGGAGCGCUAUCUGCCCGUCCUGAUUUCCAAGCUCGAAACGUGCCUGGAGGAAAGCGGCCUGCGACAAGACUCGAUAGUCAUGAGAAUGACCGGCUGCCCGAAUGGCUGUGCGAGACCAUGGCUCGCAGAAGUGGCCUUUGUGGGCAAGGCGUACGGCGCCUACAACAUGUACCUGGGGGGCGGAUAUCAUGGACAGCGCCUGAACAAGCUGUACCGCUCAAGCAUCAAGGAGGACGAGAUCCUGUCCAUAAUGAAGCCUCUCCUCAAGCGAUACGCCUUGGAGCGGGAGCAAGACGAGAAGUUUGGCGAUUUUUGCAUUCGUGCUGGCAUCAUCAAGCCCACUACGGAUGGCCAGAAUUUCCACCAUGACGUUGCCGAAGCCGAGUCUGAUGAGGAAUGA